CCUUUUUCUGUUGUAUGGCAAACUUUUUUGUAUAAGGCAGGAACGCUAUCAGCGUAUCCUCGUGAUUGGAGAGAGCGUUUGUUAUUGGCGGUGACGCAAGAAACCUACCUCCCCGCCCCUUCCCUUCUGUUGUGCGGUGCAUCUGUCUGCGCGAUUCUCUAGCCACCGUAUCGACUUCAGUGUUUAUUUGGUUGUCAUGGCGGACGGACGUGGAGAAUUACCGCCUCAGCCGCCGCUUCACCUAUCCCUACCACCGGCCAGCAAGCGCCCUUGCUUGCGACCUGCUCCUCGUGGACCGGGUCCGGGGCCUGGGCCGGGAUAUUCGAACUCUCGUCUUCGCUGUCCGGAAUCUCUUUUGGACUGUGCUGCUAAGGCCGUAGCGGAGAAAUGGGCCUUCGAAAGGGUGGAGGAACGCUUCGAGCGGAUCCCGGAGCCAGUUCAGCGCCGCAUUGUAUACUGGUCAUUCCCGAGGAACGAAAGGGAAAUUUGUAUGUAUUCGUCGUUUCAGUGCCGUGUUGCUGGUGAAGAGGGUCCAGCCGUGGGCUCAAACGCUUCCGUUGGGUCUGGGGCUGUCCCUGGAGGGGUUACAACCACAACAGGCAACACGGGGGCAGGGAGCACCGGAGAUGGGCUCCCUUUCCGCCGGGGGAUCCGGCUUUUGGAGACUGGUUGUGUGGAAAAUGUCUUACAAGUCGGUUUCCACCUCAGCGGCACGGUCACCGAACCAGCCACGGCGACAGAGCCCGAGGUCACCCACCGCGUGGCCAUCAGCUUCGACCGCUGCAAGAUCACCUCGGUGACGUGUGGCUGCGGCAACCGCGACAUCUUCUACUGCGCGCACGUGGUGGCACUCUCGCUCUACCGCAUCCGCAAGCCCGAGCAGGUCAAGCUGCGGCUGCCCAUUUCCGAGACGCUCUUCCAGAUGAACCGCGACCAGCUGCAGAAGCUGGUCCAGUACCUCAUCACCGCGCACCACACCGAGGUGCUGCCCACCGCCCAGAAGCUGGCCGACGAGAUCCUCUCGUCCAACUCCCAGAUCAACCAAGUGCACGGUGCGCCGGACCCCACGGCUGGGGCCAGUAUUGACGAUGAUAACUGCUGGCACCUAGACGAGGAGCAGGUCAGGGAACAGGUCAAACAGUUCCUGUCCCAGGGAGGCUACUAUGGCUCCGGCAAACAGCUCAACUCCAUGUUUGCCAAGGUGCGGGAGAUGCUGCGGAUGCGCGACUCUAACGGUGCUCGCAUGUUGACCCUGAUCACCGAGCAGUUCAUGGCUGACCCUCGUCUGUCGCUAUGGAGACAGCAGGGCACAGGGAUGACGGACAAGUGUCGGCAGCUCUGGGACGAGCUGGGUGCAUUGUGGGUGUGCAUCGUGCUGAACCCCCAUUGCAAGAGCGAGGAGAAGGGCGGCUGGCUCAAGCAGCUGAAGAAGUGGAGCGACAUGGACAUCUGCCCUCUGGAGGAUGGCAACUACGGCAGCGAGCUGCCCAACAUCACCAACGCCCUGCCGCAGAGCAACCUGGCCCAAGUAGACUCUUUGGGGCGGCCACGGCGUACAGUUUUCACUCGGGCCAUCGAAGCGUGCGACCUGCACUGGCAGGACAGUCACCUGCAGCGCAUCAUCAGCAGUGACUUCUACAUGUCUCCGGCCUACCAGAGAGAGGGCGAGAGCUUGCUCUUCAACCCCCAGGGCCUGCCACUCUGGCUGGAUCAUGUGCCGACCGCCUGCGCACGAGUGGACGCUCUACGUUCUCAUGGUUACCCACGGGAAGCCCUGCGCCUGGCCGUGGCCAUCAUCAACACCUUGCGGCUACAGCAGCAUCGACAGCUGGACAUUUACAAGCACCAGAAAAAAGAGCUCCUCCAGAGAGGAAUGACCACAACUACAAAUCUUGAGGGGUGGGUCGGCCAUCCCUUGGACCCCAUUGGCUGCCUUUUUGCCACUCUCACAGAGACCUGUCGAGUGGAGGAUGACAACGCCAUGGAUACAGGAGACUCUGGCGAGCCCAAGCCGCCGGUGUACCAGCACGUGUCAGUGUGGGGCUGCCCGGACGGCAGCGAGUCGUACCUGGCGCUGGCGCUGGAGGUGGCACUGAUGGGCAUGGGACAGCAGCGGCUGAUGCCCGAGGGCCUCUACGCCCAGGACAAGGUGUGCCGCAACGAGGAGCAGAUCAUCGCCAAGCUGCAGGAGCUGGUGCUGGACGAGCUGCUGGUGCAGACGCUGCGCAAGCAGGCCAUCCUGCUACUGGAAGGUGGUCCUUUCAGUGGCAUGGGCGAGGUCAUCCACCGGGAGAGUGUGCCCAUGCACACCUUUGCCAAAUACCUGUUCACCGCUCUCCUGCCCCACGAUGCGGACCUGGCCUAUAAAGUGGGCCUGCGCGCUAUGAGGCUGCCUGUGUUGGAGUCCUCAGCUCCAUCAGGCGAUGUCGGUCACCAUGGCAUCUCUAUUGUGCCUAGUCGCUACCCUCGUUGGUUCACCCUUGGACACCUGGAGUCUCAACAGUGUGAAGUGGCCUCCACCAUGCUCACUGCAGCAAAAGGUGACAUGCUGCGGCUGCGGACGGUACUCGAGGCGAUUCAGAAGAACAUCCACUCCCCAUCCCUCAUCUUCAAACUGGCCCAGGACGCCUUCAAGAUCGCCACGCCAGCCGACAGCCCUCCAGACAUCACCCUCCUCAACGUGGCCUUAGAGCUCGGCCUCCAGGUGAUGAGGAUGACCCUGUCCACGCUGAACUGGAGACGCAGAGAGAUGGUGCGCUGGCUGGUCACCUGUGCCACGGAAGUCGGCCUGCGUGCACUGGUCAGCAUCCUGCAGGGCUGGUACACGCUCUUCACUCCGACCGAGGCCACCAGCAUCGUGGCGGCCACCGUCAUGUCGCACAACACGGUGCUGCGGCUGAGCCUGGACUACCCGCAACGCGAGGAGCUGGCCAGUUGUGCCCGCACGCUGGCGCUGCAGUGUGCCAUGAAGGACCCGCAGAACUGCGCGCUGUCAGCACUCACGCUCUGUGAGAAGGACCACGUGGCCUUCGAGACGGCCUACCAGAUCGUCAUCGACGCCGCGUCCACCGGCAUGACCUACUCGCAGCUGUUCACCAUCGCGCGCUACAUGGAGCACCGCGGCUACCCGCUGCGCGCCUUCAAGCUGGCCUCGCUGGCCAUGGCGCACCUCAACCUGGCGUACAACCAGGACACGCACCCGGCCAUCAACGACGUGCUGUGGGCGUGCGCCCUCAGCCACUCGCUGGGCAAGAACGAGCUGGCCACCAUCAUCCCACUGGUGGUCAAGAGCGUGCACUGCGCCACCGUGCUCUCGGACAUCCUGCGGCGGUGCACCAUGACUGCGCCGGGCCUGGCCGGCAUCCCUGGCCGCCGCAACUCGGGCAAGCUCAUGUCGACGGACAAGGCGCCGCUGCGGCAGCUGCUGGACGCCACCAUCAGCGCAUACAUCAACACCACGCACUCGCGCCUCACGCACAUCAGCCCGCGCCACUACGGCGAGUUCAUCGAGUUCCUCAGCAAGGCGCGCGAGACCUUCCUCCUGGCGCAGGACGGACACAUCCAGUUCGCCCAGUUCAUAGACAACCUCAAGCAGAUCUACAAGGGCAAGAAGAAGCUCAUGCUGCUGGUGCGCGAACGCUUCGGCUGAGGGGAAGGGCUUUCAUAAGGAACUGGGUUUUUGGCAUUGUUGUUGUUGUUGUCAUUGUUAUUGUCAUUUAUUUAAAUCCAUUUAUCUUUUCUCUUAUCUUGUUUUGUCAUUUUUGGUGAAUUUCUUUUUUUUUAGAUUUUAUCCGUUUUGAUUUUUAAUUUGUUUUGUGAAUUGUGUGCGUUUGUGUACGUGUGCGUGAGAUUUUGAGUGUGCGUGUGUGUGUGAGAGAGAGUAAUCGCUCUUCAUUAAGUUAUUCUACCAGGUAGAACCUGUGGAAGAUAAGUGGAAACACAAAAGAAUGGAGGAGUAUUUUUUGCUUAAUUUAGUAAGAAAAGCAUAUUGUGGUUUGAACAAAAGUAAAAGUGGCACAUAAAGAUAAAACCAAAUGAUAACGUGGGGCAUACUUUGAGCCAGGGGAAUCUCUCCCUAGACGGGGUCAGGGGAUGUGUGUUUCAUUUUUCUUUUCUGCAGAAGCUUGAAUACUCAGAAAAUACAAAAUGCAGAUUGUCAUUCCUUCAAUCAACCACUCACUUAUGCCAGUGUUAAUACCUCGACCGUAUUCCAAGACUCAGCUUUAAUUUGUCUGUGUGAAAGAGGAGUCUUCUCGCAGUAAGGAGGACUGGAGCGGGUGAUGGGGGAAGGGGCAUUCCAUAAACGCUCAGCGCCCAGAUACCCCUCAGAUGGCGCCCCCUGCUUUUGAUUAGCCUCAGCUAAGCUACCCAAGCAUAUAUCUUCAUAUGGGCUUAAGUCACAUCUCCCUUGCAAGAAGCAACAGCUAUUUUUGUACUACACAGAGGUGAACAAAAUGGCAGAUAGUCAGAGUUAAUGGUGAAGUUAGGCCCAUUCCUCAAUCUGCACAUAUACUCCAGAUAUGUGAAGGCUGGGGGGGGGGGGGAUGAGGGAGUGAAGUUUGGUUUAGUGGACUACCAGCUAUUGGUCUUGCAUUCAGUUGACCUUCACAUGUGGGGGAGAAGGGAGGAGUUCUAUUUCUGCUUUUUUCACCUCAUGCUACUUGUGUUCCACUGUUGUAAGGACAUCUGGGAGAGGAGCAAGAACAAGGAGCAAGGGGGUGUGUGCACAAGCACGUCUUAACCUUGUGAUUGAGUAGCCACCCAAAGCCUUGUUUAUCAGAUUUCACCUUGCAUUUACGGCUAAGCAAACAGGAAACAUGCUUGGAUUUGAGUGUCAUCAGUGGCAGUGAAUUUGGUCUUCAAGUCCUUUACUCUAGCUCAAUCAACAGGCUUUGCUCCUGUGGUCAGUAAAAAAAAAAUCCCACUUCAUUGUCACACAUACAAAAAUAAUUGACUGAAGACGCAGUGUCUUGGAAAUUUGACCCAAUUGGCAAACUUUUUUUUUUUUGUUUGUGAUUAUUUUCUGGGGGGGGUGGGGUUAAUGAUUGUGUUCUAUCUUCCACAUUCCAUGA